AUGGCCACGUCCCUCCUCCUCCUCCUGCUCCUCGCGCUGCUCCUCCCCUCCCCCGCCCCGGCCCGCGCCGCCUCGCUCUCCCCGCUCCCGGCCACUUCCAACGCCUCGGCGCACGCCUACGCCUUCGCGGGCCGCGAGCCGGUGCCCGCCCCGGAUCCCACCUUCUUCGACGACGUCAUCGACGCCGUCGCCGACAAGUACGGCUGGGACCCCGACGCCGAGGUCCGGGUCUGGCCGCUCGACGCCGGGGGCGCGUUCGUCGGCGCCGUGCAGCGCUACGAGUUCCGCGCCCGCGCGGGGGGCGCCGCGGCCGCGCUCGCGCGGGCCUCCGACGGGUUCGUCGACUGGAGCCGCCCCGACGCCCCCGCGGUGGAGGAGGUGCUCGGGCCCGACGGGGUCGACUUCGUCGCCGGCCACGGCGCCCUGGCGUUCGGCUCCGGCGUCAGGGACCUCGACCUCGUCGGGCCGCUCGAGGUGUUCGUCUCCGAUGGCGCUGGCGGGGGCCUCGCGGAGCUCCACUUACCGUCGUUGAAUGCCACGUAUACAGGGUUGAAGAGGGUACUUGUUGCUGCUGGUGUUGCAUUAAAGAUUACUGGUGCACAGAGAGUGUUCUUUUCCCAUCCUCACAGUAUAGGUCUCUUAGCAAAUGGAAGCUUGGUGGCUACUAACAAGGACCUAAGACAAAUAUUGCCUCUCAGCCACUCAACCUGUGCGCCAUUACUUCACAUGCGUGUUGUAGGAUCAUCAGUUACAAUAGUUGCACAUGAAACCAAUGUCUCUGGGGGGCACAUGAAGCCCUUGUUGACUUCUGGUGACGCUAUCGAGUUACUAUCAGACCAGUCUGAAGUGAACGACAUGUCAGAUCGGUUGAUCUCAGCAUGUGCGUUCUGUUCAAUUAGUCCAAGGUUGCCGAAGCUUGAAAAACUCCUGAAGACUUGGUUCAGUGAGAGGAAUGGGUUCAACAGAACAAUGAACUUCUUCGAAGCUAGAGUGACGUCAAUGACCCUGGUAAAAUUCCGUUUGGAGCUCGAGAGGGACAUUACUGAAGAGGACGGCAUGUGGGACGAUGUUCCAGAGUGGAAAACCUUGCCUGUGGUCCAGCGAAUCACGCUUGACGUUAUCGCUAGGGUUGAGGAAGAGGGGAGGCUCAAGGCUAUAUCGGUGAAGAAGGUGAGGAAAUCUCUACAGAUAGCGGACGCUACUUCGUGGAGCAGCCUGACUUCGAAUGUCUCCUUCGCAGACUUCACGUCGUUGGUUCUGCCGCCUGAUCCAUUGUCACUGGAUGUAAAGUGGUAA